UCGACGAGAGUCGCGGCUACCUCCGGCGACGUGCAGGGCCCGACGCAGCACCUCGCCGACGGAGCUGGGUACAGGAUGAGGGCGCAGCUCGCCUGCCUCAGCUGGUACUGUCUGCUGACCGGUGUAUCGGCGGUCAGGAUGAUAAAAACCCACUUUCCAAGUCACGUGGUUAUGGGAAAGUCGAUGAACAUGACGUGCGACUACGACCCGGAGGGGGAGCGCGUGUACCAGGUAAAGUGGUACAAAGACGACAACGAGUUCUACACUUACAUUCCGGGAAGUUCGGCCAAAACCUACGACACCACCGGCAUGAAUAUCGACAAUAUUGACAUGGAGUUGUCAGGAGCAAAGAGUGUCGUCAUUCACGACGUGGAUCUGCGCAUGGAGGGCAGGUACGGCUGCGAGAUCACCAUGGACUCGUCCUUCGACACAGUCAUCGGAGUCGGGGACGUCAUGAUCGUCGCGUUGCCGCAGCGAGGUCCAAAUAUCACGGGCCUGUUUCUGGACAGCAUGGACGAAGGUGACCGCGUCUGGGCCAACUGCACCUCGUACAGGUCAAGGCCAGCCGCGCAGCUCACCUGGUAUAUCAACGGUGCUAGGUCGGAUAACGCCUCCCUGAGGUGGUACCCAGAGCAAGUGGAUCCCUCCGGGCUGCGCAAUGUCACACUGGGCCUGGACUUCCGGCUGCGGGGCUCCCACUUCGGCUCCACCGGCCUGGUGAUGCUCAAGUGCACCGCUGAGAUCGAGACUGUGUUCUACCAGAGCGCCAACGUCCGCAUCGUCAGCAGGACCAUGGCCAUGCGGUCCCCCUUUGGAAAGGGGUCUGCGCUGGCCCUCAGCGGGUCUUCGGCGUCCCUGCUGUUGCUGCUGCUGCUGCUCGGCCUGCGCUGCCUCUCCGGAGGCUAGAGCUGCUUCUGUGACACUGGCUAAUGACGUCACCGGAACCGGAUACAGAGCCGGUGCGGUCACCACCUCGCGAACGGAGAGCAUGAUUUGGUGUGAGACUGGAUAGCUGUUAGAUACUGACGAGAUGAUGACGCGAAGAUGACGCGAAGAUGACGUGUUGAUGACGCGUUGAUGACGCGAUAACGCCGUCGUGCUGCCAGGGGACGUUCGACCGUGUGUGAAGAACACUGUGGCGUCAUUGGAGGCACGUGGCUGCCGAGGCUCGUGUCCAGACGCUCUGUGGCGUCAGUGGAGAUAUUCUUGUCUGCCGUGGGUUGCGUCUGAACGUUAUGACGUCAUAAGAGGCACGUCUGUUUGUGGGAUGGCUCGAGUGCGCGUGUGAAUGCAAGUGUGAGCUGGCGAGGGUUGGGGACAGCCGGAAUAGGAGCGGAGUGAAAGCCCUGUUUGACGCUAAGUGCCCUCCAAGAAUGCUUCCAUUCAGAAAUACGAUGCUCUAAUUAAGGCAUGCUAUUUUGGAUGCAACCGACACCCAACUAACAGUAGGCACAGUAGGCACGGAUAGAAGGAAAAUGCUCGGUGACGCAGCCCACCUAGAUGUGACUUAUUACUUAUAAUUACCGCUUCGAUAAUUUAUUUCACUGCCUCCCUAUAAUAAGUAACAUAAUGAUCAUUAUCUUUCACUUAGGUAGUUUUUAUAAUACCUAUAAUUCUCCGUGAAAACUAAAUAAGGCAAAAGGCGCAGUUUCGCCGACAGGCAAAUAAUUACUUCAGGCAUGUUGGACAAAAGUGUGACCGUUGUCAGAUUUCAUGACUUCUCUAUUUAUCAGCACUGCAGUUUAGCCAUUUACUUAGGCACAAAAUUUCCUUCAUAUUUGUAUGUUUGUGUAUACAAUCAAAGUUGAAAGCAUUUUGUACUUACUUCUGCUAUAUGCGAAACAAAUGAAAAAUCACAAUGAGCAUCAUUAUCAAAAAUCUUAAAUAUAAAGAAGUUUCACCCUAACAGUUUUCCCCAAAUUGCUAGGCAGUAGGGCAAAUUUCUACCAAGAAGCCCUGAGGUAAUGCCUCAUUAUCUUUCAAAAGCAAAGCUGCUGAAAGUUUAUCAGCACAUUCUAGCAAGCGCCAAACAUUCACUUUUCCUGUGAGAGGCAAUGCCCAGCCCAGUGCCCCCCAACAUUACCAAGGUGUCGAUCGGACCCGGGUCUACUGGGUGUCCCUUUGAACCGAUCUGCUGCUGGAUGUGUGUGCAGAGUGACUGUCAAUGAUCAUAGUAUGACUGCCGCACUGUCUGCUUUGCUCUGUACUCAUCGCGCCAGUGAUCGCCACUGGCGCUGUCGCGAUGAUAUUGGCCGCAUUCCGAGACAGAGGCUGCUGUACGGCAGCCUGCGUUUGCAUUUAUAUCAAUCAGUGUACAACGCACAGCGCAUGGGUGAACUAAUGUAUUGGCUAGCUAGGGGCAAUUUAUACCUAUGUUUUACAGGUUUUAGCUGACGGGUCACCCUCAUAUUGGUUUACAUACCUAUAAGAACACGCAGAUUGUGUUGUUAGCCGAAUGAGUGCCGGAGGCCACGUGGGUCUGACUGACGUUGUUCACUGUGAUAUGUUUAUUGAUGUGCAAUGGAUAAUGGCAUCGCGCAGACGGUGAUGACAUUAAAAGGCGCUGUCCGAAGGCUCAGAAAUAAAUUGAAAUGUGUUCAUGACUGA